AUGCAAGUCUUGGAGCGUGACCUCGAGGCCGAUUUCUCCCCAAGGGUUUCAUACGGAAGGAAUGAAUCGUUCUCGUAUGCAGUACCUUUCUCUCCUUUGUUGCUUAUCGAAUCCAUCUCAAGAAAGAGCUUUUCGUAUAACAAGCUGUCUCAGGAACCCCUCAAGCUCACCAUCCUCAAAUUGGAUGGCUCUUUCUUUGAUAUUGAAGUUGCGAAAACAGCGAGGGUGGCAGAGCUGAAGCUGGCGGUGGAGACUGCCUUCAAUUAUUUGCCAAGAAAAGGGCCCGGCAAGGUUUCAUGGUCACAUGUAUGGGGACAAUUUUGUUUAUGCUAUGAUGGCCAGAAACUACUCACCGACAGAGAUUACAUACGAGCUUAUGGAAUCAAGGAUGGUGAUCAGACUGGACUGAGGAAUAAUGCAGCUCAAGCGCAGGAUGUUCGUCCUGUAGGGACGUUCCUUGCCCACUGGGACGAACUUCAAUUUGUCCGGCAUGUAUCCAUCAACUAUAAUAUGGUGAAGACGCGAUUGCAAAAACAGGGUCCUGCUUUUGAAGAACCCAGGAUCCCCUCAGUUGAGUCUAUGUCAUCUUCUGAUAUGAAUACUUCCUCCUCUGGCAGUUCUUCAGAUAAUUCAAGCCGGCUAGAAGCAUCGAACACAGUUUACAUUGAAUCAGAUGAUCAAGAGAGUGAAGAGAAUGACAAGGAAUAUGAUAACCAUUAUCAAGAUGAUGAUGAGGAUAAGGGUAUAACCACACAUUGUCAAUAUAAGUUGGCUCACUUGUUGAGAGGGUGGUUCUCAUACCGCAGAAUGGCCAGCUCAGAGACGAGAUUUGAACAGAAGAGUAUUCCAUCAAGAGUCACCUAUGGUUUCUUAGGAAGUUUUAAAAAUGUUGUACGGCUUUAUAGCAAUAAAUAUGAUUCUCAAAGGGAGACUUGGAAAGCAGUGUAA